AUGGAUUAUGGUGCAAUGGACAAAAUUGAAGCAGCAAAAUUCACUGAAAACAAGAGAGUUACAGUUGUUGGUUUCCAGAAAUCAGCACUUGAUAUUGCAGCUCAAAUUGCUAAAAACAAUGGUGUGAAAUAUCCAUGCACACUAGUUUUCAGGAGAGUAAACUGGGCAGGUUCAGAAGACUUAGUCAAAUUCACCUUCAAAAAUCUGAAUAGAUUCUCAGAAAUGAUGAUUCAUAAGCCUGGUGAAGGAUUAAUUCAUUGGUUUUUAGCAAUUCUACUUUCACCUUUGCGGUGGAUAUUUUCCAAAUUCGUGGAAUGGUACUUAAAAUGGAGUUAUCCGUUGAAGAAGUACAAUAUGGUACCGGACCACAGUUUCCUCAAACAAAUAUACUCGUGCAUGUUUAUGGUUUUGCCGCGAGGUUUUUACGAGAGAGUGAAGGAAGGGAGUUUGAUCUUGAAGAAAUCGAGGGCAUUUUUGGGAUUUUACCAAAACGGCCUUAUUCUUGACGAUACAAUGUCGCCUCGUUUGGAGACGGAUAUUGUUAUAUUUGCGACGGGAUAUAAGAGCGACGAAAAGAUUUCGAAUAUUUUUACUUCAAUUGAUUUGAAGAAAUGCAUUAUUGGUUCCUCAGCUCCCUUCUACAGGGAGUGCAUUCAUCCGAGGAUUCCACAAUUAGCGAUACUCGGGUACUCCGAGAGCCCGGCAACCUUGUUCACGUUCGAAAUGAGAAGCAAAUGGAUAUCACAUUUUCUCGCAGGAAAAUUUAAGUUGCCUCCGAUAAUCGAAAUGGAAGAAAAUGUCCGUAAAUGGGAAGAAAACGCACGUCGUUAUAGCUGCGAAAACUAUAAGAGGGCGUGUGUCGCUGCGCAGCUUCAAAUAUACUGCAAUGAUCAGCUCUGCAGUGAUAUCGGGUGCAACCCUAGACGAAAGAAAUGGUUUUUUCAGGAAUUAUUUUCACCUUAUCACCCUAUAGAUUAUGCAAAUAUUUGA